AUGCCAGGUAUGUAAUUUCUAAGUGCCUGCGUAUCAUCGACCAUAGUCUCUCAGAGUAAAAAUUUUCCUCUUCCAAAUAAGCCCGCGAACGCGGGAAGGGAAAGUCACGGAGAGAUGACGAGAACUCCGCGACUCAGAAGCAAAAGCAUCCUUACAUCGAAGAAGACGAUUCAAGCUGAAAGCGAAGAAAGAAUCCCAGCCGUUCCUGUUUCUCGAAAAUCUGCAACCGUUCGAUCACUUCGCAAGGCCCAAUCCCUCCUCUCCCUCCCAAACCCUUCACCAUCUUUCGAAGUGGGGCCGAUCCUGACCGCCGAUUUCUUCAAGAUCGACGCCUUGGAUCUCGCUCCGCGUCUCCUCGGAAAAUUCCUUCGAAGAGAAGACGUCAUUCUGCAGAUAACAGAGGUAGAAGCUUAUAGACCAAAUGAUACAGCUUGUCAUGGUCGCUUUGGGAUUACGGCACGAACAGCCCCUGUUUUUGGACCAGGAGGCCAUGCGUAUGUUUAUUUAUGCUACGGCUUGCAUAAAAUGCUUAACGUUGUAGCUGACAAGGAAGGAGUUGGCGCAGCAGUCUUAAUACGUGCGUGUGCUCCUGUUAGUGGGUUGGAAACUAUUCAGCAACGUCGUGGUCAGAUAACAGAGAAACCCAUCCUGCUUACGGGGCCAGGGAAGGUUGGUCAAGCGCUGGGAAUUUCAACAGAAUGGUCGAACCAUCCUCUUUACAUCUCAGGUGGUUUAGAAGUUCUGGACGGUCCUGAUCCAGAGAAGAUAUUGGUUGGCCCACGCGUCGGGAUCGAAUAUGCUUCACCUGAGCAUGUAAAUGCACCAUGGAGGUUUGCAAUUGCUGGUAGCCCCUGGAUAAGUGCGCCUAGAAACACUCUCAGGCUGCCCUGAUUUUUAGGUGAGUGUUAUGGCACUCCAUGCAUGAAGAGCCCUGCCAGGGAUAUUCAUGCGGGGAGGGUUGAGAAUACUCGCAUGCAUGCGUGAUUUGGGCCGUUCAUAAGGUGGACCAUAGUGUAUGUGCCCUGUCUCAGAAAUAGGCAGGUUGGGUUGUCAUGUGAGCCACAUGUAUUGUGAAAAGGGACGGUUAGAAAAGGAUCUUUUUGAACAGUGUGUUUGUCUCACCUGUGGCCCACCUUAUGAGAAGGCGGGUUAUUUUCAUGGUGGCUGUGCUCUCACACAUGUGUGCAAUGCUUCCACGUGUUCUCAAUCAGCUUCAUUGAUUAUCCUUUGCACCUCUAAAUCAUUGAGAAAAGAAGGAAGAGAAACAGAAAGGAAAUAGAAAUGACAAGAUGUACAAAAUGAGGCCCACCAAAUAUUGCAGAAAAAGCAAGAAGGGGACUUAUUUGAUACUCUGGCAGAGUGUGAUGGUUGAUAUUCAUGUACAUAUAAAUUUGCACCGGCGGGAUGAAUAGCUCGAAUUAAACCAUCCAAAUCUAGAAACUCACUGCAGAUAGUUCAUCA